AUGGUGAAAGCAAUAUCUCUAACUCACCACCUCUCCUUCCUCUUCCCUCACACCUAUUCCCGAUUCACAACUUCUUCUAGACUCUUCCAUCAACUUUCCAUCACAAAAUCACCAUUCCCACUCCGUUUCCUCUCCACAACCCCAACCCCCUAUCCUCUCCAAUACGAACUAAUCAUAAACCGCCCCGACCUCCCCAAACCCAACCGCCACCCUCGAACCGCCAAACCCCCCAACUCACCCGAACCAAACCAACCCGACUCGCUCCAUGACUGGGCCCACGAUAAACUAUCCACUGAACCCGGUUCGUCUGAACUCGAUAAAGCCAAGAGGAAAUACUACAAUAAACGGAGGAAGAGAAUGUAUGGGUCCGAUUCCGAUGAAGAUAAUCGGAGAAAUGAGGAACAGUUUGUGGAAUUGAAACGUGAAGUGGUGGAACUGAGAAGUUUGCAUAGGAGAGAAGAGGAAUUGUAUUUUUAUGAUGCUUUUGCUUAUCCUUGGGAGAAAGAUAAACAUUACAGAAUGGUUUAUCAAUUGGAGAAAAAGUUUUUUCCUCAUCAGUGUUUGGAUAAAGCCUUUCUUCAACCAGGUCAAUCAAAUUCAAAUUCAAAUUCAGUUUCAAAUUUGAAUACGAAUAUGAAUGCGAAUGUUAGGGUUAGAAACAAGAGAGUUGGUUGUUUUGCUGGGGAGAAUGAAGGUGACAAGGUUGGUGAUGGUGAUAACAAGUUGGUGUUUUUUGAGGAGAAUGUGAAAGGGGAACAAGAAAGAGAAAAGGGUGAGAAUAAAGAUCAUAGUGAGAAGAAGGUUGAGGAGUUUUUUAAGGGUUUGAAGAAAGAUGUUGAAGUUGUGGAGCCGUUUUUUUCUUCAAGGAGGACUGGUCUUCCUCCUGUUUGGGAUUCUCCACAUGGGACUGUGCUUUUGAUUAACAAACCUAAAGGUUGGACUUCAUUCACAGUUUGUGGAAAGCUGCGUCGCCUUGUUAAAGUGAAAAAGGUUGGCCAUGCUGGAACUCUUGAUCCAAUGGCAACUGGUUUAUUGAUUGUUUGUGUUGGCAAAUCAACAAAACUGGUAGAUAGAUAUCAAGGGAUGAUUAAGGGUUAUAGUGGGGUCUUCCGCUUAGGGGAGGCUACUUCAACAUGGGAUGCUGAUUCACCAGUCAUUCAGCGUGAGCCAUGGGAACACAUCAAAGACGAGGACAUAAAGAAAAGUGCCUUGUCCUUUUGUGGGGAGAUUUGGCAAGUUCCUCCUAUGUUCUCUGCUAUUAAAGUUGGAGGUGAAAAGAUGUAUGAGAAAGCAAGGAGAGGAGAAAGCAUUGAACUUUCGCCUAGACGAAUUUCAAUUUUCCAAUUUGACAUAGAGCGUAGCUUGGACGACAGACAAAAUUUGAUUUUUAGAGUGACUUGCUCUAAAGGGACAUAUAUUCGGUCACUCUGUGCCGAUUUUGGGAAGGCUCUUGGCAGCUGUGCCCAUUUAACGGCUCUCCGAAGAGAUUCAAUUGGACAAUAUUUAGCUGAUGAUGCAUGGGAGUUUCAAGAGCUGGAAGAGUCUAUCACCAAAACUUAUCUUUAA